AUGUCCGACCAAGAGAUUAAUGAUAACGAUAAUUCCUUAUCACCACAAAUUAAAGGUGAUUCAAAAGAGAGAAGAAAAAUUGAAAUUAAAUUUAUAGAAAAUAAAACAAGACGACAUGUAACUUUUUCAAAGAGAAAACAUGGUAUUAUGAAGAAAGCUUUUGAAUUAUCUGUUUUAACUGGUACACAAGUCUUAUUAUUAGUUGUAUCAGAAACUGGUUUGGUUUAUACUUUCAGUACUCCAAAAUUCGAACCAAUUGUAACUCAACAAGAAGGUAGAAAUUUAAUUCAAGCUUGUUUAAAUGCACCUGAUGAAGAAGAAGAAGAGGAAGAAGAGGAAGAAGAUGAUAAUCAAAAUAAUAAUAAUGAUUUAGCUUUACAACAACAACAACAAGCUCAGGCUCAAGCACAAGCACAAGCACAAGCUCAAGCACAAGCUCAAGCUCAAGCACAAGCACAGGCUCAAGCUCAACAUAUGCAACAAUUGCAACAAAUGCAACAGAAUCAGAUGCAACAGAAUCAAAUGCAACAAAAUCAAAUGCAACAGGGUGUUGAACAUCCAUUUAAUAUAGAUUCAUCUGCUGCUCAUUCAAAUGGUUUAACACCAUCUCAAGAUCAAAAAAUGACUAAUUCAAAUCCAAAUUCAAAUCCAAAUAAUGGUCAGAAUCCAAAUAAUGUAGCAUAUCAACAAUAUUUCCAAGAUUCUCAACAAAAUCAAUUUUGA